GCAGUAGGUCCCAACCUUCUUGCUUUGCUUGAUAAUUCCCUAUGAGUUUAUUGCUGCAAUAUUCAAGCUACCAUCAAAACCCAAAACAAGACUCAUCACAAGGACAAAUAAAACAAGGCCAUCACAAGCAAUUAAGAUGGAUGAGAUGAUUUCAUCGCGGGAAAGAAGUGAACAACUAGCACAGCAAGAACUGGAACGAUCUUCAUGGCUGGCAUCACUUGACGAGAAAAGCGAAAAGAGGAGGACGGCACGGGAAUUAGUCGCACUAAAAGAAGAAAGUAAACAUGGAAAUAGGGAAAUUCUGCUGUUAAGACGUUCCAGGCUUCGGCAGCUCAUCAACCAGGAGCUACAGGAACAAGAAAAAGAAUUAAACGCCAUCGGGGUCGCUUUUUACGUCAAGAGGAUAUAACAAAGGGACAGAAUCUAAGAAUUUGUCCAAAUAUAUGAAGAGUUUUAGCGCGAGCUUUCCCAUUCAUCCCGUAAGAACCAGUAGCGGAUCUACGGGGGGUUUUAGGGGGUAACCCCCCCCCCCCCCCCACCCCUUGGGCUGUCUUUUAUAUUUUUUUUUUUAUUGUGUCUGUUCAUUCCAAAAUCGUUACGAAGGUAGAAUAUGAAGAAAAAAUUUUGGCGAACCCCUCUUUGUGACACCAAGAAUCA